AUGGAUGUUCCUGUGGUGAAAUACGACAGGAAUGGCUUCAGGCCUUGCUUCAGACAGCUGAUCUACAUUGGAACUGCGGGCUACCUGGUGAAGGAGGCCAAGAUCAAACAGAGAGUGGAGUUCAACAACCUCAAAGGUGUGUCAGUCAGCAACCUGAGUGACAACUUCCUGAUCCUCCAUGUCCAAUGUGAGGAUAUCAAGCAAAAGGGGGGCCUGGUGCUGCAGUGUGACUACCUGUUUGAGGCCUUGACCAAGUUGUCUGCUGGCCAACAAGCAGCACUGUAUAAAGUAGUCCAGGGCAGUGUUAAGUUUGACAUCCAGCCUGGCAGAGAGGGUUUGUUGACUUCGAGAGUGGCCAGGAGACCAAUGAUUUACAGAGCAAAGAAUGGCCAUCUGAUGGUGGUGAGUAUGAAACUGAAAGACUGUGGCCAUUCAAUUCUCAAAUGA